UGCCGGUGACGCACCCGCCGUGCAGGGGCGUGGCGCAGCGCGCGCCCCUCCGGUGCGGCGGGGUGGGCGUGGCCGCCGUGACGCCAUUCCGGUUCCGGUGCCCGUCGCGGUGGCGGUGCAGCUGCGGCCGCCGCGUCCCUCCGGGCCUGCGCCGCCUCCCCCCGCACAGCACAAUGUCUGGAACUGAUGAUUUUUCGUUGGCAGAUGCUUUACCAGACCAGUCGCCUGCUAAAACCUCCAAAGUGAGCAGCAGCAAGCCUGGCCAGCAGCCCGGGCAGCCUCCGCAGGGCUGGCCGGCUUCCAACCCUUGGAAUAACCCCAGCGCCCCCCCUAUGACUCCAACGGGACUGCCACCAAACACCUCGGCUUCCAGCGUGCCCUUCGGACCUCCUCCCACGGGAAUGUAUCCUUCAAUGCCCCCGGGACCGCCUGCUCCAUUUCCUCCUCCUCCUACUGGACCCUCCUGCCCUCCUCCUGGUGGUCCAUAUCCACCCCCAACUGUGCCAGGUCCUGUCCCUCCAGGGCAGUACCCUCCACCAAAUAUGCCCUUUCCAGAGCUUCCACGACCUUACGGAGGUCCAACAGAGCCAGCUGCACCUCCUGCUCCUGUUGGGCCAUGGGGAUCCAUGCCCUCUGGAGCAUGGGGACCAACAAUGGGAGGGCAGUAUCCUGCUCCCAGCAUGCCAUAUCCACCCCCAGGGCCAUAUUCUGCUCCUACCCAGACUCCGGGGGCUGCGCCGACGGUACCGUGGGGUACGGUGCCGCCCGGAACGUGGGGACCGUCACCGCCCGGCCCAUUCCCUCCACCCACAGGAUCAUACCCAGCUCCAGGACUAUAUCCUACGCCCCCUAAUCCUUUUCAAGUGCCAUCUGGUCCUGCUGGUGCUCCAUCAAUGCCUGGUGGUCCCCAUCCUUACCGCUGAAUACAUUCUGGGCAACAAAAUACUGUAGUUUACCACCUUCAUCCACUACUACACAGAGAUUUUUACAGUUUUUGUUUCAGUAAUGUAUGGGGCUAUGAAGAAUAUUGCCUCUUGUAUGUGCAUUUGAGGUAUGAAGGAGCAGUUUACAUCAAUUUACCUUGCUCAUGUGCUGGCAUAAUUAUUUGGUUUAAUCAAGUGAAAUACAAAGAGAAGAAAUCAACUAACACACCUGUGGUUCUUAUGUUGGCAAGCAUUCCUUGGAAAAACAGGAGUUGCCAUGUAAGGAUUAUAAAGAAUCAGGCCCAUGGAAUUAAAACAAAGUUAAUUCUUAAAUUUCCAUUAAUGCUUUAAGUCUCGUUGCCAGACUCCUGCUGGUCAUUGAACAGAUGGAUAGUCAUAUUUUGUCUAUUUUCAGGUUAUUCUAAAAAGUCAAUAGAGAAAGUGUUUCAACAUUUUAGUCAAGAAACCUAAUUUUUGAACGUGCUACAGUAAUUCAAACUAACAAGACAGAGCAUGUGAACUGGAAGGUUUUCUCAGCAUUUUGUACAUACUCAAACCAAUUGCUCGGUCUGGGACUACAGAGGAGAAGAGCCACGUUUGGAAGCCUUGGUGUGACUUGUCAGCACACUGUUGGUGUUCACAAACAGGCAUUCCUGUGCAAGUGAAAUAACCUGGAUGUGCAGUUAACUUUGAAUCAGCAAAAUGUGAGUUUUAUGCAUGCCAAUGAGGACAUCCUGUUGCCAGUUCUCAUUCUGUGGUGGUUGGAAGUUUGGCUUGGUCUGUGUAAAGAGAAACUGAUCCCCACGUAGGUACUUCCCUAUUUCUGACCUGGGUUCUAGUCAUUUCAAAUUUGACUUGGCUGCUGGGUUGUGUAAACCUGGCAGACUUUUUCAGAGUCCCUGGAAACUGAACUUGAGCUUAAAACCCACCCUGAGCAUUCCCUUCCCAGCAGUUUUUGGCACAGCUGUGUCAGACAGAGAUCCUCUGCGCCAUUGGGCGUCAGGGGAUCUCGUUUGCUGUCCCUGUGCCCAGCUGGGUGUCUGCAUACCUCACAGAGCAGGUGGAAUUUGGGAGAAAUUGAAUGUCAGGAAGCCUGUGCACUGCUGUGCAGCUGCCUCUGCCAGGGGCACUGCCCUGAGUCGUGUUCUUGCCGUGCCUGUGCCCAGCACAUCGAGGCUCUGCCGAGACACAGCCGAUCUCUUGGUGGUGCUUCAUGGCCUGCACUUGGACCACGGACAGCUUGUUUCCUCCCCAGCUGGGGGUCUCCUAGCUUAGCCUCUGUGGGUAGAAUUAGGAACAGAUUUUGCUUCACAUGGUAGCUCAUUAGGGAGUCUUUGUAUCAUGGAACUGUGAACACGAGUUAAUUCUCUUCCAGUACCUUUGUGGCUUCCUGCAUGCGUGUGAUGGACACUCUGAGAGCACAUGGGGUGACCUGGUGGUGAUGCUCCUUGGUAGUCAUAGCCUUUAUGGCAAAGCCCUACUGUAUUUUUGCAGGAGAAAGCCAGCUGAGCUGUGGCUGCUUUAAUCCAACAUCAUGAAAGCUGAUAGCAAAGGAAUGUCUAUUUUUUGUUUUAGGAAGACAGUACUGGAGCUGAACAAAAAUACUUUUAACAUUUCAACUUAAACCCCAACAACUUAACCCUUGGAAUAAGAACCAAAAGUGCAAGUCUUCACUAACCUUAAAAAAAAACCCCAGUUGCCCCCCAAGCAGACUUGGCAAGACUAAUUAAAAAUUAACAUAAGCAACAUUGACUGCAUUUGCUCAAGUGCUUUUUUGAUACCUGCAGCCUUAGACUGUAAAUCAUUGUAAUGAAAAAACAUUUAUUCCAAAUGAAUGGAUCAUGCAGUAGCAGCACUCCAGUUGGAAUUGCACUGGCCAUAUGUCUCUGCAGGGAAUGGGAAGAGAUAGGAAAGGAUAAAGCAAAAGUAGCAAGUAAUGAUUUUUGGAAAGGGGUUUUGUAAAAGUAACUAGACUUCUAGGUUCUUCCUGAAAUAGGCAGGAUUUAUUACUGGAACAUUUAGGCUAAAAUUCAAUAUAUAUGGGAUGUUUUUCAAUGUAUAUUCGUAUUUCUUGAGGUCAUGAAAACUGUUUCAUAACCCCUUUGUUUUUGUGAGCAGAGUUCUUUGCAUAGCAGUGAAAAGGGUAUUCCUGUUAAUCUAUUGUGUAAAAACUCAAGGUGUCACUAUAUACCGUGUAGUAACUUUAUCACAUGUUAUGUCAAGUGUGAGCAACUUCUGGCCUGAAGCUUUUGCAAUGGAAUUUGUACAUUUCUAUGCAUCAUUUUGAGUUCAAUUGCUGAGGAGUUCGUUUUGACUUGUGCUUUGAGGUUGACAUACUGCAUUUGUUUACAAUACAAAAUAUAAGCAAUCACAUCUUUAAAGUAUAGAUUAUCACCUGCUGCUGUAUUUUCUUUAGAUGAAACAAAUAUUGCUGUAUGAUAGUGAGAAGCUAUAAAUACAGGAUUUGAUAUUUUUUUGAAAAUGCUGUCACUUUUGUAUAAGAUUAGACAUUAAACGUAUUUUCAAGACUGUUGUGUUCACUGUUUUUCAAUUCCUGCUUUUGACAUGCCUGUGUAGACUUUUGCCUUGAAUGAAUAGUAAAAAUAGGACAUCCUUGAUUUGCAAAGCCUGAAUAUAAAAUCAGAAUUACUUGA